AUGGCAUCCCCCGCAGCAGCUCCUGAUAACGCAGUAUCGUUUACCAAGCAAUGGGCUCACAAGUCGUCGCUUGAGAAACACACUGACUGGGUAGUAACAACGGUGCGAGAAUUGCUCGCCUUUGACAAUGAGCAGCAGGUUGAAGAGCUGCAUAUCAUCUACCAGUCGGUGGGGAUGGACAUUGGCCGCGCACCAGUCGAGAGAGAGCUCCCAUCGAUGGUGAAGCGCUGGCAAUUGUUCGUGUCGUUGAGCUACGCCGACCAGGUCCUGUACAUCGACGACCACAUCAGUUACGCCUUCGACCAUACUCAAGUGGCGUUCUUGGGACCGCGAGACCGCGACAUACAGCUUAACAUUCACAAGCAGACCAACCCGAACCUAAUUCUCAUCUUCCCUCACCUUCCCGAGUUUGUCAAGAACCUGGGCACGCACAGAGCCGGCCGCAGUCUAGCGGGCAUCUUUCUGGGCUCCGCGACCUCGCCCCGAGCGAUGAAGUGGAAGGACUGGAUUUGGUUCGAGCUGAUCAACCUGACGGGCCCUCAAAACAGCCUCCCCAGCUGGUCCGACGAGGUCUUGCUCGACCGUGUCCUUCAAUACGAGAAUGUUCGUGCACCAGGUCCCCUUCGCAACCCGCGUGAUGACCCCAACAACCUUCCACGCGCUAACGAGAUCCUUCGACGCAGAGACUAG